AAUAAAAUAAAACUACCAUUUGCGUUUUCAAAACUCUAACUGCUUCUUCUGUUUCAGUCUAAAUUAGCUCGCCACCACGCCAACAUGACUUCAGUUUUAUAUACAAUUCUCAGAAAGUGUUUCAAGCUUUAGUUUUUUCGUUCUAUCUGCUAAGUUUUUCUGCUAUUUCAUUUCUCAUUUUCUUAGUUGUUAUAGUUUUGAUCGAUGGACGGGCAUUGGAAGUUCGGUGGAUUACAAGUUUUGCUUAUUGUUCUCGUUUCUCGUAGUCUGUGUUCGUGUUGGUCGUUGAAUGAUGAAGCAGGUUUGGCGUUGUUGAAGUUGAGAGAGAGAGUGGUGAGUGAUCCGUCUGGUGCUUUAAGGAAUUGGAAGAGUAGUGGUACGGAGGACCAUUGUUCUUGGUUUGGCGUUGAGUGUUCUGAGGGCAAAGUUGUCAUUCUGAACUUGAAAGAUCUUCGCCUUGAAGGAGCAUUGGCACCUGAGCUCAGAAGAUUGACUCAUAUAAAGUCUAUUAUUUUGCGCAACAACUCUUUCACUGGAAUUAUUCCUGAAGGAUUUGGACAGCUGAAGGAAUUGGAGGUGUUGGACUUGGGCUACAAUAACUUUAGUGGACCACUUCCAUCUGAUCUUGGCAUCAAUGAGUCACUGGCAAUCCUUUUACUGGACAACAAUGAACUUCUUGGUGGCCUAUCUCCUGAAAUUUAUGGACUUCAAAUGAUAUCAGAAAGUCAGGUAGAUGAAGCGCUCCUGUCUCAUGCUGCCAAAAAAGGAUCAUCUUGCAGCAGAAGAUUCAUUUCUUGGAAUAAUGUCCAAAAUGAAGAUGUUGUUCGUAGGAUACUGCUGCAAGAUGUACCCAGAAUUGAUUUUAGUGGUACUUAUGGUGGAACUGCACCACCUCCUGCAGAAUCUCCGUUAAAAGCUCCUCUUCCACCUGCUUCUGUUACUCCAUCAGAUAAUACCACUAACGAUUUUCCUGCUCCACCUCCUCUUCCUUCCCCACCUCCUCUUCCAUCCCUAAUUCCUUCAUCAUUUCCAAGCUCCUCAAAAUCAGAAAGGAGUUAUUCAAAGUCUGCAAUGCUGGGUGGAAUCAUUGGGGGCACCAUAUUGCUCCUCAUUUUAAUCAUAGUCAUAUAUCUCUACAGAAGUCACAAGGUGAAAAUCAUUUAUAAGGGUAUCUCUGGUGCCAAUCAAUUGAACACAAACAAUCGAGCAGUGGCUGAAAAGAGGAGACUUUCAGAAGGCGUUCCAAAGCUUAAGAGAUCUGAGCUUGAAUCAGCUUGUGAAGAUUUCAGUAAUGUAAUUGGUUCUUCACCAAUUGGUAUGGUAUACAAAGGGACAUUGUCCAGUGGAGUUGAAAUAUCUGUUGUCUCUGUUGAAGCUGCAUCAGCCAAGGAUUGGUCAAAGAAUUUAGAAGUACAGUUUAGGAAGAAGAUUGUCUCAUUAUCAAAAGUGAACCACAAGAAUUUUGUCAACCUUAUUGGGUAUUGCGAGGAAGAGGAAACUUUCACUAGAAUGAUGGUGUUUGAAUAUGCUCCUAAUGGAACUCUUUUUGAACAUCUACACAUUAGAGAGUCCGAGCACUUAAACUGGGGAAUGCGCAUGCGCAUUGCAAUGGGCACAGCAUACUGCCUAGAGUAUAUGCACCAGCUAAACCCGCCCAUAGCUCACAACAACUUGAACUCUUCGGCUGUCUACCUCACUGAGGACUUUGCAGCCAAAUUGUCUGACUUCAGCUUCCAGAAUGAGAUAGCUGCUUCUGAAAUGGGAACAGCUAAAAAAGAGCUUUCAGAUACACCAUCAGAAUGUCUAAAAAGUAAUGUGUACAGCUUUGGCUUAUUAUUAUUUGAGAUGAUGACGGGCAGGAUGCCGUACAUGGUAGAAAAUGGUUGUCUUGAAGAUUGGGCUUCAGAUUAUCUGAUAGGGGAUCAGCCCCUUAAAAGUACAGUCGAUCCAAUUCUACACACUUUUGAAGUGGAGCAGCUGGAGAAUAUCGGUGAAUUGAUAAAAUCUUGUGUCAAUCCCAACCUAAAACUGAGACCAUCAAUGAGAGAUGUCACUGCAAGACUCAGAGAUAUUACUGGAAUUACUCAAGACGUAGCAAUCCCCAGGCUUUCUCCUCUUGGGUGGGCAGAGCUCGAGAUUUUGUCCACAGAUGCAGUCUAGAACAUGAAAUUUUCACUGUAAGUAUGAGAACUUCAAAUUUUAUCCUCCUCUUUGUUGACUCUAGGUCGAUAGUUCUUGUAUCUAUUGUAGGCCAAUGAAAUGCUAGUUGUACAAAUCCGUGGAAAUUUGGUAAAUCUUCCUUGUUUGGGUUCUCUCUCUCUCUCUCUGAAUUGUCUGUGAAAAUGUAUAAGAAAAUUACAUUACACCAUUCUUAUUUUACUUACCAUAUGUUGAAAUGAUCAAUCAACAUAAUGCCAAUC